AUGAGCUUCGCCUUCGCCAAGCACCACCCCGUGGGCUCCGCGCUGGACGACGCCAGCGAAGACAGCUUCGCCACUGCCGUGUCGUGCAAUAGCGUCAUGGGGGCCGAUCGGAUCGGCCGGCGGGCGACGGGCCGGCGCGGCUCCAUGGGGAGCUGCAGGGCCGAGGGUGGGGCGAAGGCGGUGGCCACAUCGGGGUCAGGGUCAAGAGGCAGGAAGGGCGUGUUGAAGAGCCUCAAGAAGAAGGUGGCGCGGUACUUGAGGCGCAGCAGGGGGAGAAAAGGAGACAAGCGCGUGUUGCCAGUGGAUCAAGGCGAGGGCGAUCGGUCGGCGGCUGGUGGCCAUGGAGCCCGGAAGAGUUCCAACAAGAGCGCAACAGUGGCUGGGUCCGGAAAAGUCGUAUCGCCGGGAGGUACUGAGUUUGUGGAGAACAUCGACUCGAGCAACAAGCAGACGUUCAGACGCGCGUCCCGCGGCGCACCCCUGGCGGAUCAAACGGAUCAACGGGUCAACGGCAGCGACGCGGUGCAGGAGGCGGGCCCCGGGGCCCGAGGGGGUGCGCCUCUAAAACGAAACGGAAAAGUCGAGGAGCUGAAAGGGGGCCGAGAGGCGACUUCAGCUGAGGGCGGUCGGGCAAUAGUUAGCGUGGAGAGACUUCAGGAGCUGAGUGGAAUCUGGAAGCUGGACCGUAGCAGGAGCGAGGAUUACGGGCCGAUGUGCGCCUUGCUGCAACUCGGGUUCGUCCUCAGGAAGGCGCUUGAUGUUUCGGACACCCUUCAGAUCGAUGUGAACCCAGAACGCAUCAGGCAAGUAGCGCGGAUCGUCAAGAUCAUAGACAUCGUCGAAGAGUUCCCGUUGUCGGGUGACGAGGUGACCCUCCGGAGAAGAGACCUGCGGCGCGGGCCUCUUUCGGCGAGGACGUGCAGGACGCCGGAUGGCUACCACAACAGGUGA